UGGGUAUCAUCUGCAUCCUCUGCUUUUAUUCUCAGAAGUUUAACUUUUUUUGCGAAAGUCGACAAUGAGAAUCAUUUGCAGAAACGAACGGGGCCCCGCAACCAACGCCGUGUCCACCUGUCUUGACCAAAGGACACGUGGGGCGUUGGUUUUAGUUUCUGUUGACACCGUUGCCAUGGUAACGACGUCAAACUCUAGAGGCGGUGUCUCCAGUUUGGCGUUACAUUUUCCAACAGUAUUAGUUCGUAUACACUAUUUUAGGAGCGUUUCACAAGGUGUUGAGAAGACACCAACUCCCCUCCACCGGCUACGAGUUACUUAUUUAAAUCCCAGGUUGCAAAGAAGCCAAAGCAAAAAAGACACCUGAAAAAUGGACGUCAGGCACCUCAGCGUCACUUCCACAGUGUCCUCCCCAGAGGAGGAGGAGGUUCCUAACCUGCAGCUAGGCUUUGUCUUUGGGAACAGUCUUGUGAAACCACAGACGCCCCGCAUCCUUUCACAGGAUGCUGAGCAACGGGAGCUCCCUGACUGUUACUCAACAGAGACGUUAUGUCUGAGCAGAACCCAGCUGAAGCACGUUGCAGAGAGUAUUUUGAAAAACAGCCGGCUAAAGUAUUUAUAUCUUGAAGGGAACCAGCUGUCCAGUAUGCCAGAUUCAAUGUUCAUCAGCUUGCCAAACCUUCUCUGGCUGGACCUCAGGAAUAACCAAAUUACAUCCCUGCCCGCUGAAAUUGGCUCGCAUAGGUCCCUGAAAACGCUGCUUCUGGAAGGAAACCCCAUCUCUGAACUUCCACCAGAGUUGGGAAAUGUGAUCACCCUCAAAGGCCUGAACCUGAGGAACUGCCCCAUCUGUUUCCCACCCCAACACAUAGUGAACGAGGGCCUACAGAGUAUCCUCCAGUACCUGAGGAGCGCCAUGGCCAUGCGGCCAGUUAGCGCCAGGAAGAGCCCCCCAGAGCUGCCCUUGGUGGAGAAGCUCCAGCUGUCGGAUCUGAUGGGGUCCAGCGUGGACGAGCAGGAGGAUGAGGACGAGCUGCAGAGGUUCAGGGAACUCAGACAAAAGAUGAUCGUGCUGGAAAAGGCCGAGCUGGUCUCAGCAGAUGGAGACCCGAAGUCACGUCUUCUUCCCGCCAUCAAAAAAAAAAAAGCACAUACCAGGGCCGGCGGGGUUCCCCACCCCCCCCUGUCUUGCACUCGGCAUUGGGAGAGGCCAGAGGAAAGGAGACAGGCUGCAUUGAAGGAGAUGGCGGAGAAGCAGGCGAUUCUCGAGCAGAGGAGAAAGAGCCAAGAAGCUCUUCGGAAGUGGCGUAACCAGGCAAAGAUCAACCAGGAGAAGAAAAGUCUCCAGCAGAAGAAACAUGCAGAACACAGAAAGCGAGAGGUAGCAGAAACAGAUUCAAAACCUGGUGUGGUUCAGGUGUCCCCAUUGUCCAUCCCAGAGUGUGAAGAGACCAGAUCAGCCCGCGAGCUGGAGCGGCGGAUCAGCGCCCGCGUGGACAAGAUGCAGGAGAGACGCAGGAAUCCCACGGGCACCACCACAGACCAGAUGGCAGCGGCAGAGAGAGACUUUGAGGAGAUGAGGAGGCUGCAGGCUCGGCUCUUGGAGAGGAAGAGGAAUCAGGGGGGCGAUCUUGGAAAGUGUUUUGCCAUUUUCAAUGGAGACACGUGGCCUAGUUUCAUUGACGAGUACCAGGGAUUGUAGUGUUCUGUUUGAGUUUUGAGGUUUUUUUUUGAUCUAUUCUCAGUAUUUGACGUCAAGACCAAGAACUUCAUCAAGGACCAUUGUAGUUCUCAUAUAAUAGAAAAUAAAGAUGAAAUGCAUUUACUCCAUGUGUGUUUUGAAGUGUAACGCAAAACACCCUUUCCAUUAUGCAAAGUUUAGUCACAUUUACCAUUUAUAUGAGCUCAUAAUCAUCCACCUCAAAUGAGCACAGUCGGUAUGGUACUGUCACUUCUUUACGUUUGGAAAUGAAUCUAUUCAGUAAAAGAAAAUAACUCAAACGACAUAUCAUAUUCCCUUUGUCAACUAUCUGAAAUACCAUGACUUGGAAUACAACUAAACUACAGUGUGAAUAAGUAGAUAAACCUGGGAAAUCAUUUAUUUUAACGUUUAA